CAGGAGGUUCGGUAGAGGAGAGAGAGAUUGAAGGGAACAGCACAAUGGUGGGACAGUGGGCGGCGACGAAGCCAAGCAGGAGCGAUGAGGUGUUGGAUGCCGAUGAACGACAGAGGAUCGCUAAUCAGAUCAGAGAGCAGUUCGAUUCCUUGGCCCCCAAGCGACCCGUUAAACCCAAUCGAAGCGAACCGGACCCUGACGCUCAGCUCCGUCACUCCUCCACCGUCAUCUCUCAGAACAUUCCCGAGCUUCUCAAGUUUCAAUCUUUUCAAUCUCAACCUCACGCUGUGUUCUCCGAUGAGGGACCCAAGGAUGCGCCGGACGAGUUUGUAGAGACCCGGUACUACGAAAAGCUUACCUCUAUCGACAAACAGCACCACACGACAGGAAGUGGGUUUAUAAAGGUUGAGAGGAUGGGAGGUGAUGAUCUUAAAUUCCAGAACACCCAGAUUAUUAAUGGUGGUGAAACGAAGUUGCCUGCAUAUAAAAGUAACCCGGCCACAAACGACUGGAUUCCCAACAUUGAUGAACGUCAGGUAUUUGUGUCAACGAAGCCGAAUCGGAGCGACAGUUCUUAG